GGACUGUCUUCUACGCUUUCUGUUAUCACUAGCAGAAAUCGUUGCAGAACGUCAGCCCUGCUUUCUUCUGCCUCUCUCUCUCUCUCCCUCCCCCAUUCCCUAUAUAUCUCUCCACAUAAGCCUCUCCUUUCUUAUUGGGUUCUAUUCUUGUUGGAUUCCUCCUCCUCCUCCUCUUCUUCUUCUUCUUCUUCUUCACUUACUCUCUCUCUCUCUCUCUCUCUCUCUCUAAGAACAACAUAAGUGAUAUAUAGAGUGAGAAGAAACAGAGGAGGGAGCUAGAGAUGGGUGGUGACUGCAUCCCUACCUUGGCCAUGGUAUUGGUUCAAGUGGGCUUCGCCGGCUUGAACGUGGUGUCGAAGCUGGCCCUCGAUGAUGGCAUGAGCCCCUACGUGAUGAUCACCUACCGUCAGAUCGUCGCCACCCUCUUCAUCGCUCCCAUUGCCUUCUUCCUUGAGAGAAAAACUCGCAUGGCGAUUUCGGGCAAAAUUAUCUUCCAGAUUUUCCUGUGCUCGUUAUUUGGGGCUACAGCGAAUCAGCUAUUGUACUUCCUUGGGCUCAAAUAUUCGACGCCGACGAUUGCAUCUGCCCUCAACAAUAUGCUGCCGGCCAUCACGUUCGUCAUGGCCGUUCCUUUCAGGAUGGAGACGAUAGGGAUCCGAACGCUGGCAGGGCAAGCGAAGGUGAUCGGGACAGUGCUGUGCGUAGGUGGCUCCAUGGAGAUGACCUUCUACAAAGGAAGUCUUGUGAAGAUUUGGUCGUCUCGCAUCCACUGGAGGUAUGCCGAGGGCAUGGCAUCCAGCACUGGUGGCUCCGACGAUGGACGGAGCAUGGCCCUGGGUGCCGCCCUGAUCAUCGCAAGCUGCAUAGCUUGGGCUGUCUGGUUCAUCAUUCAGGCUAAGAUGAGCGAAAGCUUCUCUUCUCCUUAUACAAGCUCGGCUUUAUUGUGCUUCAUGGCGGCCAUUCAGUGCUUGGUUAUAGGAGCCGGGGUGGAGAGGAAGCUCUCAGCAUGGAGACUCGGUUGGGACAUCAGACUGGUAACUACACUUUAUAACGGCGUAGUUGGCUCAGCGUUAGCAGUUUCACUGAUGUCCUGGUGCAUAGAGAAGAAAGGUCCUCUGUAUGUCUCGAUGUUCAGCCCGUUGCAGCUCGUCGUCGUCGCAGUCCUUGGAUGGGCAGUCCUUGAUGAGAGGCUCUAUGUUGGAAGUGUUACAGGCUCGAUCCUAAUAGUUGGAGGACUAUACUUGGUUCUUUGGGGAAAGGGAAGAGAAUUGAAGAAGCUGAGCAACAUAGGUGUGAAGAACUUGGAAGAGGAGGUUGAGGAAGGAGGAGGCAGUGUGGCCAUUAGCAUGCCCAUGUAUCGCAGUCCUGAUCAUGAGGCCCGAGAUGGCCAACCUCGUGAUGGUCCACCGAAUUAGAACAAGUUACAGUAGAAUUUGAGGUUUCUCAUGGUCCAAGGAAUUAGGAAGAAUUCGCGGAGUCAAGAGAACCCACAGCACAAUAAGGACGUACGCUCUCCACGCCAUGGAUUGAGAAACUUAGGUGAAAUGGUCUUUGUCCGUGCAGUGUGUGGGUAAGAGAACGCGUGGAAUAACAUAUUCACCGAAUGUAAUACCAUGACAAAUUAUAAUGAACAAGGGAGCAAAACAUGAUACUGCAAACUCUUACUUAUGUAUGAUUUCAAAUAUUAGUGCUAAAUUCACAUGC